AUGUUUUGCCAGGUGGCUUAACCACCAGGUGAACAAUAUCUAGUAGAGUUAUCUCGUUUUAGGUGUACAGUUUUAUUCCAAAUUUUUAAAGUACAAAUCUAGUUUCAUGGUGCUAUAAAGUGAAAAAAAAUAUUCGAAUUUGAAAAAUUUUGAAAAUUGUGUGCGUCAGGUGCGAAAAUAAACAAAUGAACGAUGUCAACCGACAGGUACCACAAAGCCGCCAAAGAUGGCAUGAUAGAGGUGCUAAAAGAAGCAACUAAAAGGGACUGCAAUGGGCGAGACGAGCAAGGGAUGACUCCGACGCUUUAUGCGGCCUUUUACGGAAAUUUGGAAGCACUCAGAUUACUGUGCGGACGAGGGGGAGACCCGGACAAAGCCGACCUCUUCGGCAACACGGCCCUGCACUUGGCCGCGGCGCAGGGCCACAAACACAUCGUCACAUUCCUAGUCAAUUUCGGAGCCAACAUUUACUCGACUGAUAUCGACGGCCGCACCGCCCAAGAACUCGCCGGAAUGAACAACCGCGACGACAUCCUGCGGUUCUUGGACGGCGUCCACGCCAAACUGGAGGCCGGCGACAAAAAGAAAGCCAAAGCACUCAAAGAAAAAGCAAAGAAAGAGUCAGAAAAACGCAUCAAAGAAUUCAACAAACGCCAAGUCAAAAAAGAGCAAGUUCAAGAGAAGCUGGAGAAACGUAUGAACAAAGGUCACCACAGGCCGUCGAUGAUAGAGACGCUCAAAACCAGAAUUAAAAGUGGGUCCAUGUCGAACUUGUCGAAUCUGGGGCCGGCCCCUCCGAGGUUCAGCACCAUCGUGGGCAACGGGACCGUUUCCGGGAUGCGGAAUUUGGGGUCGGUGCAGAAGCGGGUGCUCGCCAGCCGAACAACGCGGCCUGGCUUCGACGACGACUUCAAGAUUAGUGAAAUUGAAGACGGCAAACGCUCAGUCAGAUCACUAACGGGGUAUCGGCGAGACUCUGAGGUACUUUACACGGGGACCAUCGAUGGCAGGAGAGGCCGUCUGGAAUCGGUCUUCAACGAAGCUGAGUACAUAGAGUCGUCUCCGCCGCCACCACCGUCCAGCAACGGCCUCACAAGGUCCAUCUCCCAGCCUGACUUCAUGCACGAAUUGGAAACAAACGGCGACACUAAACUCCAACAAGAACCAGCGAGUAUUUUCGUGCGCCCAGGAAUUGGAAGCAUAGCGUUCCGAAAGAGCAUAACCAACACAUUCCAAGGCUUCUACUCCAGCGAAGGCCCCAACGAGGAGAGUUCAAUCGGGUCAGGGGAAAGCUACGGCCCCAGAACCAACACUCUAUCAAUCGAAGACGAGUUAUCAGACCCCGAGUCCAGCGACGACGAUAACCCGAACGCUCCCCUGGAACGCUUCUUGACCGCCUGGGGGCUAGGAGAGUACCUUCCCCGCUUCGAGGAGCAGAAAAUCGACCUGGAAACGCUGAUGAUACUGACAGAAAACGAUCUCCAAAGCCUGAACUUGCCCCUAGGGCCGUACAGGAAACUUGUGACCGCUGUCAGCGAACGCAAAGCCGCGCUGGAGAAUCCGGGCGAAGUCACAGACAGCAUGUUGUAAAUAUGGAGUCAAAAUGUGUUAUUUAUUCAUUGUCGUGGACAUGAUAACGGUAUUGCUUGUAUUUUAUGGGCACUUUUUGUACAGAUGUGUGCCAGGCAUAAUAUUUACAAAUUCGUAUUUAAAUUUAUUAUAAAUAAAUGUGUGUUAUGCAAA